ACGAGGGCCCUUCGCCGAAAGCCUUUCAGGGACGCUCAACCGGCCGACGAGUGGCCGCGCGUGGAUAGGAUUUAGCCCGCACCGACUCGUGGAGAUGUAGGGCGCACAUAUCGGCGACUGUUUCCACGCACGACGCAGAGGAGAAAGCGGCCCACAUUCAUGGAGACGGCUGGCGGGGGAGGUGCAUCGGCUGGAUGAGAAAUAACGUGAAGCCGCUGCGCAGAGGAUUUCACUGGGCUCACACACACAAGGCUGCGGCUGUUAUCGGCAGCCCGAUAAUUUAUUUUCCGUACUGAAAUUAAUCUGACAGUCAGCUGGGGCGUCAUUGUCGCCCCGGCAACUGGUGAAUCUGCCUCUUAGCUCUCAGGGUUCGUUGUUAAUUGGCUGGAAUUAGAUUCUGGAUUUUUAAUUGGCUUGUGCGUUCUCCAAAGUCACAAUUGAGAACAGAUUUUUUUAUUUUAUUUAAUACGUUUCCUGAACCCUGUAGGCAGGAAGUAGUUAUGCACAUAUUUCAUUAAAUAUUUGCAUCCUGUAAUGCGAAAUCACGCUGAAGUCUAUUUUAAAGAAUAGUUUAGGAUACCUGCCGUGUUUUCCAGUCCACUGAGCAAUUGUGUCAACUCUCAAAAGACUCAUGAGUUCAUGCAAACAAUCGGUCUUCUAGGAAUCCGUCUUACGGAUCUGGCCCCGCUUAGUUGUGCUGUUAGACCUGAUGUACAUUGACCCCUGUGUGAAGCUACCUUUUGGGAAUACAUGUUACUUAGGUAUUGUGUUGCAAAUCCACAAUUUGGCACAGAUUCGUAAGUGAGAUGUGGUGAUGGGGGAGAGCCCCUGAUCUGGACUCCCUCAGGCUGGUCGAGACCCCCCCCCCCCCCCGCCUUAGUCCAUGGGCUUCGUGUGGAUUUCGUGCCUGAGUUGACACGAGGCCGGCCCACGGCGUCCGGCAGCAGUCAGGCUGCCAUGAAUCCAUACGGAAGAGCGAGUAGCAAAGCGACCCCCGUGUCCUGCACCAGCUGCGGGGGCCGCUGCUCACCACCUCCCCCUUGCCUCAUCCCCCCUGGGACCCCGUCCUCCUCUUCUACCACUACCUCCUCCUCCUACAUGCCCCCGAGCAUGACCCCUCCGCCGCCAAUGUCGCCGGCCCCGUUCGCGCAGGUGGAGAACGGGACCAGCUGGAACUCCCCCACCGUCUCGUCCUCGGACUCUCCGGACUCCCACCCCGGUCACAGAUGUGGGGCUAAGAACCCCAACCCUUACUGGACGGCGGUGUUCGAUUACGAGGCCACGGCGGACGAGGAGCUAACCCUGCGACGCGGGGACCUGCUCGAGGUGCUCUCCAAAGACUCCAAAGUGUCCGGGGACGAGGGUUGGUGGACAGGAAAGAUCCAGGACAAGGUGGGUAUCUUUCCAAGUAACUACGUCACGAGGGGAGACGUUGCCAGUUACCAGCAGCUGAAGGUCGGGGGGCUGGUGGCUGUCAGGGUGAGCGAUUCCCCCCUGGAGGUUGACUUCUCGGAACUGACGCUGGAGGAGGUGAUAGGAGCGGGCGGGUUCGGGAAGGUGUACAAAGGAGUUUGGCGAGGAGAGGAGGUGGCCGUGAAGGCCGCCAGGCAGGACCCAGAUGAGGAUAUCAGCGUCACAGCGGAGAGCGUGCGGCAGGAGGCCAGGUUGUUUUGGAUGCUCCGUCACCCCAACAUCAUCUCUCUCCGCGGAGUCUGCCUGAAGGAGCCCAACCUUUGCUUGGUGAUGGAGUACGCCAGAGGAGGGGCUUUGAACCGCGCACUGGCCGGGAAGAGGGUCCCCCCGAGAGUUCUGGUGAACUGGGCCGUGCAGAUCGCGACGGGCAUGGAUUACCUGCACAACCAGGCGUUCGUACCGAUCAUCCACAGAGACCUCAAGUCCAGCAAUAUCCUCAUCCUGCAGCCGGCGGAACGGGACGACCUGGGCGGGAAAACCCUGAAGAUUACAGACUUUGGUCUGGCCAGAGAGUGGCACCAGACCACCAAGAUGAGUGCAGCGGGGACCUACGCCUGGAUGGCCCCGGAGGUCAUCAAGCAUUCGAUGUUCUCCAAGAGCAGCGACGUGUGGAGUUUUGGAGUGCUGCUCUGGGAGCUGCUGACCGGAGAGGUUCCUUACCGGGAGAUAGACGCCCUGGCGGUAGCUUACGGUGUUGCCAUGAACAAGCUGACACUUCCCAUCCCUUCAACCUGCCCUGAACCUUUUGUUCAGCUGCUGAGAGAGUGCUGGAGCUCCCAACCCCGCAGCAGGCCUCUGUUCACCAGCAUCCUCAAGCGGCUGCAGGCCAUCGAGCAGUCCUCCAUGUUUCAGAUGCCUCUGGAGUCGUUCCACUCCUUGCAGGAGGACUGGAGGCUGGAGAUCCAGCAGAUGUUCGAUGAGCUCAGGGCCAAGGAGAAGGAGCUGAGGUCCUGGGAGGAGGCGUUGGCCCGGGCGGCCGAGGAGCAGAGGGAGCAGGAGGAGCAGCUGAAGAGGAGGGAGCAGGAGCUGGCUGAGAGGGAGUUUGACAUUGUGGAGAGGGAGCUGAACAUCAUCAUCCACCAGAUGUACCAGGAAAAGCCCAGCGUGAAGAAGAGGAAGGGCCACUUCAAGAAGAGCCGGCUGCUGAAGCUGGGCAGGGACAGCAGCUGCAUCAGCCUGCCCUCUGGUUUUGAGCACAAGAUCACAGUAAAGGCGUCCCCCAGCAUGGACAAGAGGAAGAACCAGGGCUGUGAGAGCACCACCCCCCCUGCCAGUCCGGGGGUCUUACCCCGCCUGCGGGCCAUCAGACUGACCCCGAGUGACGGCAGUAAAACGUGGGGACGCACUGCUGUGUGCAAGAAGGAAGACCUGACAACCAAUAAGAAGAAAGGGCGCACCUGGGGCCCGAGCUCCACCCACCAGAGGGAGCGGAUAGGUGGAGAGGAGAAGCUGAAAUCUCUCAGCGAAGGCAAAGUUUAUUCAUCCAGCGCACCAAAUCUGGGGAAGUCCCCCAAACAUGCUCCCAUGACGACUGGCUUCUCCAGCCUCAACGAGAUGGAGGAGUGCUCUGAGUUUGAAGAAUCCCCGGGCUCCCUGCUGCCCUCGGAGACCAGCAGCAACGGCGCCAUGGAGGACUCGGGGCCCCUGUGGGGCAGCUUGGGGCCCAACGCGGCGCCUCCCGUCGGCAGCGCCAGCCCCUGUCUGGCGUCUGCAGGCCCGUCGGUGGGCGUAGGAAACCAGGACUCGGUCCGGCGCUGCAACCAGAGGAAGAAGAGCGACAUGUUGCUGUUGGGUUGUGCCUCCCUGCUCGCCGCCGUCGGUCUGGGACAGGAUCUGCUGCAGCUGGGAAAACAGCAGAUGCUCCAGGAUGAGCAGGACCUCAGGGAGGAGCAGCGGAAGAAGAAGGAGGGUCUCUUCCAGCGGACGGGCCGUUUCCGCCGCAGCACCUCCCCUCCCAGCAGAAACCUCUCCCUCACGCUCUCCAAACACCACGACUCCGGGCUCGCCUGCAUGGACCCGUCCCCCUCCGUCACACUCCUCUCCCUGUCCUCGCUGUCUGACUGCAACUCCACCAAGUCCCUCCUUCCCUCCGACUCGGACGAUUACCCUCUGACCCCGUCGACCGGCGUCAAAACCCCCUCGUCGUUGGCGGCGCCGCCUCCUCCCCCGGCUCCCGCCCUCAACCCGCUCCUGGACCUGCGGGCGGAGAGCUUCAAGAAGGAGCCCAACCAGUCUCUCACGCCCACUCACGUGUCGGCGGCCAUGGCUCUGAACAGAGGACACAGACGGACCCCCUCGGACAGCGCCAUCCGACCCCGAGCGCAGACCCUGGGACACCGGCGGACGCCGUCCGACGGGAGCAUGCCGAUGCCUCCCCCGCCCAUCAUCACCACAUCUAAAGGAACCCCGGACACGUUGGACAUCCCUCGUCUCCCGGACCCCUCCGUGAUCUACCCGGUCCCCCAUCGGCGUAAAGCCCCCGCUCCCCCGGUCCCCGACUCGGCUCCCCCCUUCCUCAUCAGCCCCCCGGAGAGACCCAAGACUCUGGAGUUCGCUCCCCGCCCGCGGCCCACCCCGGCCCGCAUCAGGGCGGACCACAGGAAGCUGGGCUCCGUGUGCCGGACCCUGAGCUCGUCGCCGGGCAGCAGCUGCGACAGCCCCCUCGGCUCGGGGGACAGCAGCGCCGGCGCCACCCGGCCCACCCUGAUGGACAUGGACGUGGAGGGCCAGAGUCUGGACCAGACCAUUCCUCUGUGCGGACAGCGGCAGCCGGCCAGUCUGUGUGAACAACAGUACCUGUAGUCAAACACGUCGGGGUUUGGAGUCAGAGAUCCGGGGCUCGAUACGGACCGUGCCUCCUUUCUGAGCUGAGCGAGGGGCGCUCAGUAAGUCCCGCCUAUAAUGGUGUUGCACUUAGUGUCCUUAAAAGGCAUGAAACCCUUCCAGCAGCCCCUGGUCUCCAGUCUGCAUGACACCUGGGGCCCUAGAGGCCCGUGAAAGCCCGGUGGGGCGAUCGUCCAGCUAAACCCCCUCAGCUCCUCGGAGGCCACCUGCUGCUUUCCGUUGGGUGACUGAUCCUCUCUAAAGCCAUUAAAGCGUCUCUUUAAAGGCACUAGCUGUCAUCUCGGUCCAUCUUCUCGUGCCGUUUCCCCGUCGGUGUCGCUCUGCACAUCCUCUGCUCUCGUCGUCGCCGUCUGCCGCGUAAAACGAGACCAGAAAAUCAGCGUCUCGCGUCUGUUGUCGUAGUUCCGGCUGCGGCGUUUCUCAGCGAGGAGGGUCUCCUAGUUUCAUCGGGCAUGUUUCCUCUUCUUCAUGAUGGUCGUCGCCCUCAUCUCUCCGAACCUGAAAGGAUGAAAAGCCUUUUUCCCCAUUUUUUAGCCUUGUACGAAAAACAAAACAAAAAAAAUCUGAUUAUUUUCUCCACCUUUUUAG